CGCGUUUGCGGGGCCUUACGAGAGGGGGUUUAUAAUACGUGUCUCUCUCGGUACGACGUAUCACGUUACUAGAUCAAUAUUAAGCGCGCGAUUGUCUAUAAUCAUAAAGAUAUCGAUUAGAAUGUAUAUCGAUUGGCGAAGGGAAUAAUAAAAGCGAGUUUAAGAUACUUUUAGAAAGUCGUUUGAGGGGAUAAGUCACGUGUGCAGUAACAUAGUCGUCGUCGUCGUCGUCGUAGACGAACGUAACGUUGUCUCUCCUGUGUGUUGUUUACCAGAACGAUAAGCGUUCAUUGUUUGGAGGAGGAUACUCGGUAUCGUAAACGCAGACACCCUCUUCUCUCUCCUUACCCCCACUCCACCCCACACUCGUUGGACUUAUCCGUUUCUCUGUUUCUCUUGAACGACGAUACCAAGACGCGCGUUAUAGAUCAACACGUUUGUUUCCUCUAAUGUGUCGUCUCUAACGUGUUGUUGGUAAAAGGACGUCCUACGAAUCGAAUUACUUCGCUGUGUUUGUUAUUACGUUUGUAAUUUCUAUCGGUUCGUUUCGAUAUUGAAUCAAGAGGAAGAAAAAGUGAUCGAAAGGGAAAACUAUUGCCUUAGGGGGCAUAUCUUUAGCGAAGAGAUAAAAGAGAAGUAUCGUUAAUAGAAAAACUGGACGUUCGAAGUUUCUCUCUGUUGCCUUUGUAUGUUAGCAGCAGCAGCAGCAGCAUUGGCUCUGAUCGAGAAGUCACCGAGAGUACUCUCACGUUCUUGGAACGUUUCUUCGUGGGGAAGAAAGAGGAAUAGAGAGAGAGAGAGAGAAGCGUGGGUCUUCGUCCAACAUCUUUCGACGUCUAUAGCUGGUGCAAUAAGAGAAAAGCUUGUCCUGGAAAACAUCGAAGUGAGAUUACUCUCCUCCUACGAGAGAAUAGAUCGAACUGUCGGUAGGAAACAAGAAUACGUUCGAUUCUAAGAAAAUAGAGGAUCGAUAGGUUUCCGUCCGUAAGUGGAGAAAGAAAUAAAGAAAGAAAGAAAGAAAGAAAGUGUGGAAAAAGAGAAAAAUCGUAAGGGUAAACGCGAGACGAGAAGAAAAGGGAUUCUGUAGAAGAAGAAAAAAAAAACAAAAAAAAAUAUUUAUUUCUACGUACAGCCGGAGGCUAUCAAGACCCUUGGCUGAUCAAGAUAGGUCCUUAUCUACUCCAACGAUCCGAACGAAGUAAACGAUCGCUAGGUGAAUCUCGUGGGUGGAGAAACGCGAUGAGGGGGAGGAGUCGAGGUACUUGGUGAAUUACGUUUUAAACCACCCCCUCUAUCCCUCUACCCCGAACAGUCAGUCCAGCAGUCUCCUUGUUCCAUCGGUGGAAAAACUUUUUCAAGUAAACAGUAAUUAUUGUAGGCGAGAGAAGGCGAUCGUGAUUAAUAAUCGGCAUUGGUUGAACAUCGAGAGAGAGAGAGAGAGAGAGAGAGAGAAACCUCGUGAGAAGAGAAUACAAGGGAAGGAAAUAAAAGAGAAGAAAGAAAAAAAUAAUAGCGUGGGCGUUCGUGCGUGUGACGGGUGAUGUGUACGUGUGCGUGUGUGUACACGUGUACGUACACAUUUACUAUACAAGGACCACGUACUCGUUCGUCGUACCGUUGGUACAAAGAGUGUUAAAGAGAAAGAGAAAGAGAAAGAGUUGUACGAUCGUGCAAAUGAUCGUGCCCUUGCGAUCCUCUCGAUCGUCGAUCGUCUCAGUGGAUGUCAGAUCGCCUGGAUGCCAGUUUUGGAAGGUGGAAUAGCAAAGAAGCGUGGUGCCGAUAGGCUCGGUCGCAAAAUGCGGAUGAGACUUUGCACCGCAUCGAAGGAGUCCUACACGCUGCUCUCCAAGAAACGGAGACAGCAGCUCGAACAGUCCGUAUAUUGCGAGUCCGAAUCUCGGAGGAGUGCUGUGGAAGAUGAAAGGCAAGACGUCCAUGGCACCAAUCAGGAUAAGAUAAAAGGGACAACAACGCAAGAUCUCUUCGAAUUGUUGGAGAGAGUUCAAAGUUCUCGAUUGGACGAUCAACGAUGCGUAUUGCCGCCAUAUUUCUCUCAGACAGCGAGAGACGAACGAGCAGCGGCAAGUCCUGGUGGUGCAGGUGGACAAAACAAUCACUCGUCUUCGUCUCCUUCGCCCUCUCCUGUCGGCGAUGCACCUCUUGGAAGAGCCCUUAUGGAAGCAGCUCUUCAACAGGCCACUUCCGGCUCGCAGGAGCCACCCUUAGUCGUGACACCACCUGGUUAUUGGUUAGAUGGAACCGAUCAUCGACAUACCUUGGACUCGGCAGGCAGAGCAUUGCUUCCUGCUCAGCCAGCCUGGCAGCCUAGGAUAGAUCAGGAUGACACGGCUAAGUGUUACAGACGUUUCUUCGUUGGCAGAGAACAUGUGAACCUGAUAGGAAGGGAUAGCGAGAAUGGGCCGGUCCUUGUCUCGGUGAAGGCCGAGACGGUCGCUGGACAAGAACACUGGCGAGUAUUGCUGAGAUUACGUGCUGGUUCAACGCAUGAGUUAGUUCCAGCAGCAUCACUUGGACCGAUUCCUUCACCAGCUAAAAUGGUCAAGGCGAUCAACGACUCCUUGAACGUAAAUACUUUGAUGCCAGUGGUAUGUUCAGGAGCUGGCACAUUGAUAGCUCAAUAUGACGAGCACGCACUCGUUUCGAGAUUCAAAUUCGGCGUACUUCAUCAACGCGCUGGGCAGGUGACCGAAGAACAGCUUUUCGGUAAUCGUCAGAUCACACCUGCUUUCCAAGAAUUUCUUGAUCUUUUGGGACAAAAGAUCGACUUGAAGGAUCACAAGGGAUAUCGAGGAGGGUUGGAUACUCGGCAUGGUCAAACGGGAGAUUCCGCGGUUUACGAAGUAUUUCGUGGCCGUGAAGUUCUCUUCCAUGUGGCUUCGCUUUUACCGUAUAGUCCAGGUGAUUCGCAACAAUUACAACGCAAGAGACACAUUGGUAACGAUAUCGUAGCGAUUAUAUUCCAAGAAGAGCCUACACCUUUCAGUCCUGAUAUGAUCGCGAGUCACUUUUUGCACGCCUUUAUCGUCGUGCAAGUCGUCGAUCCAUGUACCCCUAACACAAGGUAUAAGGUGAGUAUAACAGCGAGAGACGACGUACCUUGGUUCGGUCCGGCCUUACCAACACCUGCUGUCUUCCUAAGAGGCGUCGAAUUUAAAGAAUUCCUUCUUACGAAAUUGGUGAACGCUGAAAACGCGGCUUACAAGGCUGAAAAGUUCUCGAAAUUAGAAUUGCGAACCAGAUCCGCUCUAUUGGAGUCCUUGACGGAAGGAUUACAAGCGAAGACAGCGGAGUUCUUAGGAGGUACCAUUGGUUUAGGAGGUAAUCUAGGAUUCGGUGGGAAUUGUCCUGUAAGUCCAACGGCAAGCGAUUCCUCAGCUUCCGGUGGCGGAGGUACUGGCUCAAGAUUCAUCGAUACGGUACGAAAGGCAUUGAUAUCUCGAGUGAGAAAUGCAUCGACCGAGAGCGUACCUCAACAACUCGCUAAAAAGGGUGCUCAUUCUGAACCAAGUCCACCGAGUAAUCGACAAUCCAAUGGAAAGAUAAGUGGGAAACGAUCCGUCGAACCGUCAAGUCCAUUGGGUUCGCCAGAUUUGACUCUACGAAGGGAUUCGGAAAGAGGUAGCCCUAGUUUGGGAAGUCAAGACAGUAGCUUGUCUAAUACGGACAAUCAGGAUAGCAGUUUGGCUACGUUGCAACAGGACGAGGUAGAUCGUAGAGAAUCUGGUACAGGAAUCAGUGCAAAUGAUUCCACGAGCACGGAAAAGGUCACCACGGUUUCCUCGGUUCAACGAUUAACUCAUGAAAACUUGAGAAGACAGGAACGAACGGAAAAGACCGAAAUAACACAACGCGUUGUUUCCGAAAGCGACGAUAGCUCCUUGAACAGCGAGCUUGAACUCGACCAAGCUGUUUAUCCCGACAGCGACACAGGUCUUGAAUCUAUGAGUUCCGCGGAAACGCACGACACUACGAGGUGUAAUGCCAAAGACGGUGCUGCGGAAACCGAGACUUUGAGGAUGGAAGUUACUAGACUUAAGUGCGAUAAGCUGGACUUAUUGAGACAAAAUGUGACUUGUCAACGCGACAUUAAACGCCUUCGAGAGAAAGAGUUACAAUUGCAAUCUGACUUAGCGGCAGCAUCGAAAGAGAUUCUCCGAUUAAGGGCGAUGCUAAAAGAAUGUUCGACGAGCAUUCCUUUGGAUAACAACAAUCAACAGACGUCCACCGUUUGAAGAAUCGUCGAACGCAUUUUUUGAUUCGUUAUCGUUAACGGAGAUUACCGUUAAAGAUCGCUAUAUUUUAAUCGUCGAAUGGGGACCGACCAAUUCGUAAACUUCGUAGAUCUUCCACUCUUUCGAGAUCAUUUCUUUUAAAAGAAAAUCAUUUGAGAUGUCUCGUUGUUGGAUAUAUACAUAUACGUAUACCAUAUACGUAUAUGUGUAUAUAUAUAUAAAUAUAUAAUGUGUGUGUGUGUAUGUACACGAAAAAACUUGCAAUCAAUGCUUUCUUCCUCGGUUCGCUUUUACGACUGGGUUUUUUUAGAUAGCGAUUGGUACAAAUUCGAUAAGUCAUAAGGGAUAUGUAAUUAGAAUGUAAAGUCAAAGACUACACGGUUCUCUCGAAGUCGAGCUCGUUAUUGGAACGUACAACAGUAUAGAUUCUGAUUGUUGAAGUACUUGUUUAACUUAUAUCCCAAAUAUUUAUCGAUUAAUUUAUUGAUAGAUAUAAGGUAAUCCCUUGUAGUCAAUAUAGUUGAUAAUUCAAUAGAUAUAAAUACCAACCGCGAUACAAACAUCUUGUCAUUAUAAUAUUAGUCACUUUUUAAAGUGAAAUGGCCUUUAGAUCUAGCAUUUGUGAUGCUAAAAAGAGCACGCAAAAAGUAACGCACCAAUGCAUAUGACCGUGUAUUAGUUAAGUGUAGGUCACUUAACUCUGAUUAUACUUCUCGCACACAUCAUACAUGGUAUACAUAUAUAUUUAUUUAUAUAUAUAUAUAUUUAUAUAUACAUAUAUAUUUAUAAAUAUAUAUUUAUAUAUAUUUACAUAUAUAUAUAUUCAUAUAUAUAUUUAUUUAUAUAUAUAUAUUUAUAUAUAUAUAUAUACUAUUGUAAGUAGUAAUAAUACGAACAUCUAUUAAAAUCUUUGAAGAUACGGAUUUGUUAAUUUACCGAUUAAGUCUAAUAACGAUGAUAUAUUUUAACAAAUUCGAAAAUCUUCAAAACUUAUGUGAACAUGUCACAGCAAAGUUUCUCGAUAAUACGUUGGAACAUUAGUGAAUAUAAAUGUCACGCGAGUUAAUACUUCAACAGAUAAUUUCAUCGUCUCUUAAAAUCGAUUUACAUAAUUUGACGAAUCUACUAAUCAUUUUUCUAAGUUGUCAUAAAUUAUUCCAUGAUAUACGUAUAUUUAAUCGGUCAUUGCGUUAAAAUAAUAUUAAAAGAAAAGCAACAUAUAUUGUUCAUGUUUUGUUAAUAUGAAAAAAAAAAAGAAAGAAAAAGAAGUUAAAUAUCACUUGCUGCUUUAUUUUGUGCUAUGUCUCCGUUAGUAGUUUUUAUUAUUAGUAUUAUAAUAUGAUUUUUAUAUAUAUAUAUAUAAAAAUAUUUUAUAUUAACAAUAACGUUUUAAUUGAUAUAGCUUGUGUAAAUAAUUGAUCGUCCAAGUAGAUGCAAAUAUUGACAGGAUUUAGAGAGAAAAAAAAAAAGAAAAAAGGACAAAAACGUUCGCUCACACACACGUAAAAUACCAAAGCUUAAUAUAGUUGAAGCCAUUUCUUUUCUUUCUCUACAUUCCUUUUCAUACAAUAUGCAUUGAGUUACAUAUAGAAUAUAAUAUGUAUCGUAUA